CUCUGCCAUUCCCUCCCUCUCCCCUCAACCCAGCGCCCCCCUCCCGCCGCCACUAGGGUUUCUCCUCCCCGCCCACCCCCAAACCAUCCCCGAAGCUUCCAGUGCGUCGCGCCGCAACCAUGAGCGACGGUAAGGACUCCCUCGACCUCUCCGCCCUCGGCGCCGCCAUCCCCAACUCGGCCGAGCUCAGCGCGGAAGACAAGGCUAACCUUGUGGCGUCGAUCAAGAACACGCUCGAGGGAUUGGCAUCGCGGCAUACCGACGUGCUCGAGAACCUCGAGCCCAAGGUCAGGAAGCGCGUUGAGAAGCUCAGGGAGAUCCAGGGCGAACACGAUGAACUUGAGGCGAAGUUUUUCGAAGAGAGAGCUGCUCUAGAAGCUAAGUAUCAGAAGUUGUAUGAACCACUUUACUCAAAGCGUUAUGAAAUUGUCAAUGGUGUGGUCGAGAUUGAGGGUAUCACAAAAGAAAGUGCAGCUGAAACCCCAGAGGAGCAAAAAAGUGGAGAUGAGACCUCUGCUGAGCAAAAAGAAGAAAAAGGUGUACCAGCUUUCUGGCUUAAUGCAAUGAAGAAUCAUGAAAUUUUAGCUGAGGAGAUCCAGGAGAGGGAUGAGGAAGCUCUCAAGUACCUCAAGGACAUCAAGUGGUACAGGAUCAGCGAGCCGAAGGGUUUUAAGCUUGAAUUUCACUUUGGUACGAAUAUGUUCUUCAAGAAUUCGGUGCUUACAAAAACAUAUCACAUGAUCGAUGAGGAUGAACCAAUUCUGGAGAAAGCCAUUGGUACUGAAAUUGAAUGGUACCCUGGGAAGUGCUUGACACAAAAAGUGCUAAAAAAGAAGCCACGGAAGGGGUCAAAGAACACGAAACCUAUCACAAAAACCGAAGAUUGUGAGAGCUUCUUCAACUUCUUCAGUCCACCUCAAGUCCCUGAUGACGACGAGGAAAUUGAUGAGGACACAGCUGAACAGUUGCAGAACCAAAUGGAGCAAGAUUAUGAUAUUGGAUCUACCAUCAGAGACAAGAUUAUCCCACAUGCUGUCUCGUGGUUCACUGGAGAGGCUGCUCAAGAUGAGGACUUUGAAGUUAUGGAUGGCGAGGACGACGACGAUGAAGACGACGAUGAUGAAGACGACGAGGAUGAAGAUGACGAUGAUUAUGAUACAAAGAAGACCAAGGGAACUGCUGGAGGGGAAGGGCAGCAGGGUGAACGACCUGCAGAGUGCAAGCAACAGUGAGGUGUGAUGUCAUUAAGUUGGUUUUGUGGGGCCGUUGGGUGGGGGUUCUUGUUGGUUUUAUUUUAUGGAACUGGCGGGGGGAUUUUUCUGGGACAUGUUACAUGUGGGUCUGUAUUGGGUUUCAGAUGUUAUAUAUGCUGUUAUGCUUGGAGUGAAGAUAGUCCAUGGUUGCCACUCUGGGUGUCUUAUUGUUCAGGUCAC